GCUGUACUCAUAGCUAACUAAUCUUGUGUAUCUCUCAUUCUUAACCAUCUUUCACAUACACAUCUUGUGUUGGUUCUUUACACAUCGAUCUCUUGUCAAGCGUGAACUUGCAAUUACUUCAUUUCAUUUUUGUAAUUAUUACUUGAUCCACGAAUAUGGAUGAUUUCUCGCAGCAGUUUCAACAUCUUAAAAUCCAUGCUUUCUUGCAGCAGUUUCAACAUCUUAAAAUCCAACUAGAAGAUAUAACAUCAGCCACCGACAACUUCAACGAUGACAACUGUAUUGGACGUGGUGGUUUUGGAAAAGUUUAUAAAGGAGAGCUGUCUCACUCUAAGGGACGAAGCACAGUUGCUAUCAAGCGUCUGGAUCGGAGGCAUGGACAAGGAAUACCCGAGUUCUUGAAAGAGAUCACAACGCUUUCCGGUUACCGCCAUGAAAAUCUCAUCUCUCUUCUGGGAUUUUGUUACCAAGGGGAUGAGAUGAUCCUGGUAUAUGACUACGCAUCUCGUGGAAGCCUUGACCGCUAUUUAAAUUUACCCCAUCUUACGUGGUUACAGCGUCUCAAGAUAUGCCUCGAUGCCGCACAGGGGCUGAGGUACCUUCAUGAUCCAAGGGGGACACACCAAAGAAUUAUCCACUGUGAUGUAAAAAGCUCCAACAUCCUUCUCGAUGACAACUGGAAUGGUAAAGUCUCUGACUUUGGAUUAUCAAAAAUGGGUCCCGCAAACGAGCAGCAGUCGGUUAUUGUCACCAUGGCAGCAGGUACCUUUGGGUACAUUGAUCCACUAUAUUGGAUGACAAACAUCCUAACAAAAGAGUCGGAUGUAUACUCUUUUGGUAUAGUCUUAUUCGAAGUUUUAUGUGGGAGGCUAUGUUGUACAUAUAGCAAUGGUCGUCUUCAGCAGAAUUUAGUGCGCACGUGGAUUGAAAGCUAUGAAGAGAAGAAGUUAAAUGAUAUCAUCUUUAAAGAUACGGCCAUUGAACCAUUGGAGCAGAGCGCUUUAGAAACUUUUUCUGACAUUGCAUAUCGAUGUUUGAAGGAAUCCCGCGAAGAUAGGCCAAGGAUGGUUGAGGUUGUGACGGAACUUGAGACUGCACUUAUAUAUCAGAAGCAAUUCCAAGAUCUUAAAAUCCCGCUGGAAGAGAUAACAUCAGCCACCAACCACUUCAACGUUGAGAAUAACUAUAUUGGAGGUGGGGCUUUUGGGAAGGUUUAUAGAGGAGAAGUGUCUCACCGUAAGGGCCGAAGCAUGACUGCUAUUAAGCGUAUUGACCCGAAGUAUGGACAAGGAAUCCCUAACUUCUUGAAAAAGAUCAGGACUCUUUCCUGUUACAGGCAUGAAAAUAUUGUCUCUCUUCUGGGAUUUUGUUACCAAGGGGAUGAGAUGAUCCUUGUGUACGAGCAUGUGUCUCGUGGAAGCCUUGACCGCUAUUUGGACUCCCCUCAUCUCACGUGGUCACAACGUCUCAAGAUAUGUUUGGAUGCCGCAAAGGGGCUAAGGUACCUUCAUGAUCAACAAAGACUAAUCCACUAUGAUGUAAAAAGCGCCAACAUCCUACUUGAUGACCAAUGGAAUGCUAAAGUUUCUGACGUUGGAUUAUCAAUAAUGGGCCCCGCUAAUGAACAUAGCUCUGUUACUGUCACAGUUGCAGCAAGUACCCCUGGGUACUGUGAUCCACAGUAUGCGAUGAGACACACCCUAACGAAAAAGUCGGAUGUAUACUCUUUGGGUGUGGUCUUAUUUGAAGUUUUAUGUGGGAGAUUAUGCUAUACGCUUGAUAGCAAGGAUCAAGUUAAGGAGAUCUUAGUGACCACGUGGAUUAAGAGCUAUGAACAAAACAAGUUAAAUGAUAUCAUCUUCAAAGAUCUGACCAUUCAACCAUUGGAGCAGAGCGCUUUAGAAAUAUUUGCAGACAUUGCGUAUCAAUGUUUGAAGGAAUCUCGUGAAGAUCGGCCAAAGAUGGCUGAGGUUGUGGCAGAACUUGAGAAAAGUCUAGAAUUGGUCAAUUAUCAAGAGUUUAUAGGUGAAUGGAACAAACAAUGUCCUCUGAACUACAGAUCUGACGUUGAACCAAUGAAGUUUCAGUUCAAAGGGAUCCUCCGUAACAGCGGCAAAACGUGGUUUUCAGUAAAUAAGAAGGGAGAACAUUGUGAGGUGAUAUCUAUUGCAGAAUGUUUGGGUUCAGAUGUCCCGAGUUUUAGAUUCUCAUCUGAAUAUAAUUCAAGAUUUGCUGUGGGCACCUGCCGAUAUUUUAGUAAUCAGACAUUGAAAGCAGAUGUAAAAACUCAGUUCUUGUCACCAGGAAUCACAUACACGGUCAACCUUGUGUUCAAAUUUGCGUACGUACCUAAAGAGAGAAGAUGUGAAGAUAUAUCCCUCAAAUACAGAUUACAAGGGGAGAGAGAGAGUUCAAUUUCAUACCUUGCAUAUGAGAGAGAAGAUGGAUGGUGGGCAUGUGAAUUGUUUCAGUUUACUACUGACCACAGAACACUUGAUCUUCAGAUUUUGUUUGAGGAAUACUAUAAUGAAGAUUCCUUAAGAGUAGAAGGCAUUGAAUUUCUGCCCUUGGAGAUCGUGGAACAUGUAGAUGACAGUCAAACCAUCUCAGAUUCAGAUUCAGAUUCAGAUGCAAAUUGGGAAGAAAAAUUGCCAACUGAUUAUGCAGACAUAAUGAAGUUGUCAAAAAAGAGAUUGUGGUGGAGAACAGAGAGGGAAGUGUACUCAAUCAUGUUCAGAGGGUUCUUAAUUAGAGAUGACAAGAGGAAGAGAAGCAUUUGGUUUUCUCUUGACAAAACUGGGAAGAAAUGCCAUAUGCUAUCAGCGGCUCUCAUACUGCGUUGGGGCCCAAAUGGCCAGACGUUUUCAACCAAACAAUCAAGAUUUGGAAAAGCUGUUUGGUGCUAUUAUAGCAAAAUUAAUAUCAGUACUAAACUCGAGUCCCAACUAAUAUCAUCUGAAACAACAUAUGCAUGUUACCUUGUCUACAAAUUACCAGAAGAUCAAUCUAGAUUUGAGGUGCCUGUGAAAGUGGAAGACAAACAAUGUGAUUCUGGAGAUAAAUUUUGGUAUAUCUAUUUAAAAGGUACUCCUCAAAUCCCAGUUAUUAGACCAAAGGCUGGUCAAAACACCCACAACCCACUCAAUAGACCCAAAAUAAAAGGCCCUCCACAACAAAGGAACGAUGGAUGGAUUGAUGUGAAAAUUUGGGAAUUCCAAGCUGCCACUACAGUCUUCAUGGAUCUCGAUUUGAAACUUUGUGACAAUAAAUCGUUUGGUGGGCUUAUUAUGGAAGGCAUUGAGUUUAGACCCAUAUAAAUUUUUUUUUAUAAUGGACAAAAUUAAUUGUAAACACAAAAUUUGUUUUCUUUUUUUUAUAUGAGUGGAAGUACAUUUGCAUUCCUAUUUUCUUGAAAAAGUCUUUAAUGAUGUUGUGCCAUACGGAACAAAAAAAAGUAUAUACGAUCACACAAAAAUAAAUAUAUUUUUACAUUAAUGUAAUACUAAAAAUAAAAAAAACGAAGUGGGUUAUAAACACAACUAGAAUUGAUUUCCCGCGCUGCGGGGUUGGUUCUGAUUUUUUAUGUAAUUAUUUAUCGCUUUGAAACUUUGUGACAAUAACACGUCUAGUGGGCUUAUUAUGGAAGGCAUUGAGUUUAGACCCAUAUAAUUUUUUUUUUUAUAAUGGACAAAAUUAAUUGUAAACACAAAAUUUGUUUUCUUUUUUUUAUAUGAGUGGAAGUACAUUUGCAUUCCUAUUUUCUUGAAAAAGUCUUUAAUGAUGUUGUGCCAUACGGAACAAAAAAA